UUUCUUUUUCUUUUGUCCACUCACAACCCCAAACCGCGUUUCCCAAAGGACAUUUCCGUAAAUACAACAACUUCACUGUCCCUACUUCUUACCCCCUUCUCCUCAGUUUCCUCAAUGGGCCAUCCUCGCUAGUUAACGCCUCCUCCGCUUUCUUUCUCACUUCUUCUACUUAGCUUCCUCAUAUAUUUUCAUUAACCCCACUCUCUACGAUUGAUUCUUCCGAUUCACGCUAAUAAAUAAAUCAAAACCUUAUUACCAUUAUUUAUUUAUGGCCGAGAACGGUGAGGAGAAAUUGCUAGCUAUGGCGCGGCACAUAGCGAAGACGCUAGGCCGAAACGAUACCAUGGCGGACGAUAUUUUGCAGAUUUUCUCCACUUUCGACGGCAGGUUUUCUCGCGAGAAGUUGUCUGAGAAAGACGGGGAGGAGGAUGCUAGAGUGAGCGCCGCUCUCGAGCACAGCCUCAAGUUGCUGGACCGUCAGAUCUCUCAGUACGUCGCGGCGGAGCAUCCGAUCUGGGCUGACUCCGCCGACUCCUCCGCUUUUCUCGACGCCAUCGACGAGUUGAUAGCUACUAUCAGGGACUGGAGCCCCAUGGCCGGAGAGAAGUCCGUUGGCGCGUGUAUUGUACGCGCUGAGGACCUUAUGCAGCAGGCUAUGUUCCGCGUGGAGGAAGAGUUCCGGUCCUUGAUGGAACGCGGCGGAGAGUCGUUUGAGCUCAGUCGCGAGUACGGAAGCGGCGAGCCGUUUGACUCGGAGGACGACGAAGACGAAGACGAAGAUGGAGGAAUCAUCAGAAACGAUGAGGAAAACCAAAUUCCUGUGGCGCAGCCAAUCACGGACUACAACAUCAUCAUCGAUGUUCUUCCUUCUGUUACGAUCAACGACCUCCAUGAGAUCGCGAAGCGAAUGGUGGCGGCCGGGUUUGGCAAGGAGUGUUCGCACGUGUACAGUAGCCUUAGGCGUGAGUUUCUCGAGGAGAGCUUGUCGAGGCUAGGGUUGAAGAAGCUGAGCAUUGAGGAAGUUCACAAAAUGCCAUGGCAGGACCUCGAGGACGAGAUCGAACGCUGGAUCAAAGCUGCCAAUGUCUCUCUUCGCAUCCUCUUCCCUAGCGAGCGUCGACUCUGCGAUCGCGUCUUCUUCGGCUUCUCCUCCGCUUCCGAUCUCUCUUUCAUGGAGGUCUGCAGAGGAUCCACGAUUCAGCUCUUGAAUUUCGCCGAUGCUGUCGCUAUCGGAAGCCGGUCGCCGGAGCGGUUGUUCAAAAUCCUCGACGUGUUCGAGACUCUGAGAGACUUAAUGCCAGAAUUCGAGUCUGUGUUUUCUGAUCAGUACUGUGUGGUUUUGAGGAACGAAGCUAUAACGAUUUGGAAGAGGUUAGGUGAAGCGAUCAGAGGGAUUUUCAUGGAACUGGAGAAUUUGAUCCGUCGGGACCCGGCUAAGGCCGCCGUACCAGGCGGCGGUCUCCAUCCAAUAACUCGAUACGUGAUGAAUUAUCUCAGAGCCGCUUGUCGAUCUUGCCAAACCCUCGAACAAGUCUUCGACGAGAAUGUGGUUCCAUCAAAAGGAGUGUCAUCCUCUUCGUCUUCUUCGUUGUCAGUUCAAAUGGAUUGGAUUAUGGAGCUGUUGGAGAGUAAUUUGGAGGCAAAGUCGAAGAUCUACAAGGACUCUGCUUUGUCCUCUGUUUUCAUGAUGAAUAAUGGGAGGUACAUAGUUCAGAAGGUAAAGGAUAGUGAAUUGGGAGCCUUAUUAGGAGACGAUUGGAUUAGAAAACACAACGCCAAGGUUCGGCAAUGCUACUCGAGCUACCAGAGAAGCUCGUGGAAUAAGGUUUUAGGAGCAUUGAAAGUAGACAGUAGCUCCUUAGCUACUAGUGCGGCCUCAAAGACAUUCAAAGAGAAAUUGAAAUUGUUUAAUGUUUACUUUGAGGAGAUAUGUAAAGUUCAAACUAGUUGGGCCAUUUAUGAUGAUCAGAUGAGGGAGGAGUUGAGAAUCUCGGUAACUAAGAUAUUGUUGCCUGCGUAUGGCAACUUUAUCGGGCGGUUUAAGAAUGUGCCUGAACUAGGAAAGAAUGCGGAUAGGCUUAUUAAGUAUAAUGCGGAAGAAGUGGAGGCUCGGAUUGGCGACUUGUUUCAAGGUCACGGUGGCCGGAAAUGAAGGUAACCCACCGAAAGCCGUGUUGUAUGUAUUUAUUUAGUGCAGGUUUUGUUGCAAAUUUUUGUGUUGUAGUAUGAAUGUAGUCCAGAUGAAUUGUGACUUUGUACUAGAUGUUGGUAUGUGAUCAGCAUAGCUUUUCUUUUCUUUUCUUUUCUGUUUUUUUUUUUUUUCAACCCAACUUGUGAAUGAAAAUCAUGGGACAGAUUAAUCAGAGUGUUUGUUACAAGUUUAGUUUUCCAAAUGUUGUAUUGGAUACUAGUGGAUUGGGAAAUUAGUUUAAACACUUGCUGGAAACUAUUGAGUUUGGAAAUUGAUGUUUAAAUUAGUAUUUUGGUUA